CUUGAACGGGUUUGCAGGGGACCAGGCUAUUUCCCACAUGAGAAAAGUGUUACCAAGUAAAGACUGCCCCUGUGGUGAGAUUGCCACUACGACACUAUAAGCUUGUUCGCAAUCCUGAAAUCUGCCCCAGUACGAAUUUCAGAUCCUCUCCUCAUAUCACCUUCAAAUUUGUCAUUGAUUGCCCAGCUCUCGUUAAUUUAUGGCUUUUUCGAUCAUUCUUCCAGACCGAAGCAUUUCAAAAGAGGUUUUACGACACAGACAGAAACCAGCCUUUUCACCAGCUCAUUAGAAUAACUCGUCAUGCCUUGGAGUCCACUCGGAUGGUUGAGAAGAAAUCUAUCUAGCUGCGGCCCACAGAACUCUGAGGGUGAAUUCAAGCAAGUCGUAACGGUAUAUUGCAGCACUGAUCGCAAGAUAUUCAAACGCACGAAUGUUGUUAUCGACACCGGCAAUGAAGGCCCCAGUUUGGUCACAGAUGAGGUGAUGAGACAUGUUCAUGGUGUGCCAAAAGGGCUCCCCGGAAUUGUCACUGUGUUUAACGGAGAAGCGAUGGAAGUUGGCAGGGAAGUUGAACUCGAGUUUUCGGGAGGAGAAAAUGAUCGUCUUUUCAAAGAAACCUUUCGUCAUGUGCCCUAUAUUCCUGGCGGCUAUGGCAUGAAUCUCAGCCACGACUUCUAUCUUAAGUGGUGUCCUGGAAGAGUACCGCCAGUUCUGAUGAUUCGGAAUGGAAGAGAAACCAAAGGUAAAUUAGCAUGAUAUAUUAUACUGCUCCAUAGACCGGACGCUAAUUCUUGUCCUAAGAACAAAAAAGACGCAGAAAGGAAAGGGAGCAGAUCCGGGAGCUGGAACGCGAGGAACUAGCAAGACAACAAGAGGAAGAAAGACAGGCCUACCACCAAGAAUUGGAGGAGAUUCGUUAUGUGCGGAAGACCAAAAGAAAUAGCUCUAGAGACUCCUCAACUGUCAGAGAUAGCAGCUCUGGUUCGGUCGACUAUCACACAGGUUAGCCCGAGCUUCCUUGUGUAGGUGAUCGGUCCAUCAACGUUUUUUCAGGAAAUCGUUUUGUAUUUUCUUUCAGGGAUCACGAGGGCCGCUUCCGCAGGUAGACUUCUUAUGACCUGUUUCACCUUCGAUGGGUUUCAGACAUGAACUAAGGCACUUCAACAACAUGAUGGUACCAAAUUCUGGACGGGCCAGGAGGGGCAUGAGAGAGAUGUCUAGUUCAAAUUGUCAAUGGUUUUGCUGUGUCGUCGCAGUUUCAAGUUCCUACUUCUUCAUUUGUCUUGAAGCAAACUUUCAUCACUAGAGAUAGAGUGCGAGAAAAUGAUUUUACAACGGCGCAGAACCAAUGAAGACCACCUGAAUACUGGCGAACCUGCUGCAUUUGUGAGACUUCCAAGGAUACUCCACAGAUAUGGUAUCACUCACGCUGCAGUCGCGGCAAAUAUUUCGAUCCUUUUUGCCCUCGUAGUGGCCAUCAAAGCAAGUGAAAAUAGUGCAGUAAAUAAAGCCACAAUUCCGAGCCUUUUCAGCAUAUCCCGGACAAUAUAUAGAACCACAACAGCUGAGACAGGCAAGAUUGAGGAUAUUGCGGUCCCAAUAACAUUGGCUACCCUUAUAGUUGUC